GAGCCUAUGUCGAGGGUUCUGCAGCAGCUCAAGACAUCACUCCUCUGGAAGGAUCAUCAGUUGAUGUCGUCAAAGACACGAUUCCUCCUGCCGAAGGAGUGGAUGUUGAUGAAUAUGAAGAACUCCUACCAGACGGCACCGUACACUAUACUCGCAGAGUCCGCAGUCACUCUUUCAAAAAGGUUGAAAAAGAUCUUCACAUCAAAGAUCGAGAUCAGGGACAUGUAGAAGAAGCACUGCUUGUGCCGGAGUUCGAUAAGGAAGAUGUUGUGGAAACGUUUGACGAACCUCCUCGUGUGGUCAGAGAAACAGAGAAUGUUGAGCAGAUUCUGGAAGAUGGGUCCAGAGUUCAGAGAAAGGUCAUCUACAGUAGAAUGGUCCAUCACACGCGGACUCAUGAGGAGACCUUUGACCCCGCCCAGGGGCGACAGUCUGAGGAUUUUGAAAUUUCUGAGGUUGUACCUGGCACGAUGUCUGCUUUUGUGGAAGGAAGUGACUCAGAUGAAUCUGAUUACUAUGAUGACGAGGAGGAGCAGGAUGAGGAGCAAGUUGAGGGUCGGGAUGUUCGAGAUAUGGAGGAGAGCACCCAGGUCAUGGAUGACGGAACUGUAGUUACAAAUAGGUUGAUGGUGGCUAACCUGACCAGAAAGUCCAGAUCUAGAUCGGGGUCGAUAGAAGAGAUCCAAGAGCAUUCCAGGAUAGAGGAGGAGUGUGUCACGCCGAGGUCUCGGUCUCCCGUUGGAGAAAUCAGUUACGACUUAACUGGGAAGCAGGCUGUGAGCACGUCCAAAAAGACAGCCCAUGUGGAGGUUACACUUCAGCAAGACACUGAAGAGAGGUCUUGGGAGGUGGUCGAGGACGAGUACAAGAGGGCAGCUCUGGAUGUCCCCAAGCAUGACCAGGACAGAGAUGAGAGCGGUGAUGUGUUCUCUGAUGUAGGGGAGGCCCAUUCUUUGAGCCACGACACGGAGGAUGAACUCUCAGGCCUACAAGCCUGGAGAGAUGUAAGUUUUUCUGGUUACCCCAAGCGACAGGUCACCAGAAGUGCUCACUCUGACGACCUUGACACCUCAG